AGGUUUACAAAAUGGCGGAUGCCAUGCUUUCUUCCUUCGAACGAACUUUUAUCGUGAAUGGAGUAGAGCAAGAUUUCCGAUCCGAUGGAAGGUCUUGUCACGAUUAUAGACAUUUUGAGGUGGAAACUGGGAUCGUGUCAAACACCAGCGGAUCUGCACGACUUCGUUUGGUAUGAUAUAAAACAGGAAUAGGAUACAGUUCUAAUCGUAACUUCUUAUCGAGUGUCAAUCAACUUUGAGUAAAUGCAAGACCACCUGAACUUUUUCCGUGGCUAAGCUCUAGACGAUUCGAUGACAUUGGCUUUUUUUUUGUAGCCUAUGUCAAACUUUUUUUAACAUAACAGAUAGGCAUGUUUAUUAAUCUAAACGCGUCGCGGGGAUCUGAGAGUUGUUUUAAAUUUGGGAAGCUUUUCUUUUUUUUUUUAAUGAUAAGUUCUCGUUAAUGUUUCAGGUCCUAAAAUACAUACAACUCACAUCUUUCUUCUAGGCGGUAAAGCCAAUUCAUUUGCAAAACAUCAACUCAAUUCAUAGUGUAUACAGCUGUUUCGAGAGAGGUUAUCGGGAAGAAAGCGUAAACGAUAAAAAUGAAAGUUCGACUGCACUGGUUAUGAAUAAUUAUCAAUACAACAGCAAAGUAAAUGAUUUUUAGGAUUUUAAAUACUUAUGCAUGAUUUGAGUAAUUGACGAAAUUUUUUUUCAGUUUUCAUGGUUUCUUUUUCAAUUCAUAGUCUACAACAGACAUCUUGGUCGGAGUAAAAGCAGAAAUAGGAGAACCUCAUCUGGAGAAACCAAACUAUGGAUAUAUUGAGUUCUUUGUUGACUGGUAAGUAAUUUUAUUCUUGUUUAUUUUCUAGGGUUUUGCAUUCUAUUUUGAGUAUUUUUCGUUUUGUAACUCCACUAAAUUUUUUCAAAGAUAAUUUUACUCACAGACCUUUUUGUACAGAUGCGUAUUAAUCUACAAAACAUGUUACUCUACUUGCAAUUUACAUUGCUAGUAUUUUUAUCAUAUUGGGAGAAGAGAAAUUGGAUUUUAAAAUGUUGCUUACAUGUGCUAGAGUUUUAUCACUUUUUUAUUUUGUUUUGCUUUUUUAUUUUUUUAUUUUUUUAGCUCUGCAAAUGCUUCUCCUGAAUUUGAAGGUCGCGGAGGAGAUGAACUGGGAGCAAUGCUGGCAAAGAGUUUAGAGAAGGCUUAUAACCACAAGUCUGCCAUCGAUCUAGAGUCAUUAUGCAUCCUACCUGGAAAGCAGUGCUGGGUGUUAUAUAUUGAUGCUCUGGUACGAUAAAGUUUUGUUGUUGAUUUUCUGUAAAAUGUCUGCACGAGGCUUCAUGUAUCUGCCAUUCACGCCAGUUUGGUGUUUGCUCCUCUUCAAAAGUUCCUUUCUGAAAUUAUUGAUUUUUUUACUGUAAGUUGAUCAAGGCAGAGUUAUUAUUACUGAAAAAGCUAUUUUCAAAGGUUAAUGCAUGAACAUUGGCCAUUUGUCUGAGCACUUUGUUGUGAUUAAAUCCUAACAAUUAAAACAUCACAUUUUCAGAAUUAAUUUAGAGGAGAUCCUGCUCUUUUAGUUGGUGAUGAAGCCCAGUUCGGCCAGAACAUUACUUGAACCUCACAACACCUCUCAGCCAAAGAAACUUGUGUACUUUAACUUGAUCAACUUUUUUUUGUUGUCAGUAAUACAGCAGGAUGGGAGAUAGCCCUCUAUAAAGUCUAAAACUUGUUGAACAAGAAAGUGUUUAUCUUGUAGGUGUUAGAAUGUGGUGGGAAUCUGUUUGAUUGUGUGUCCUUGGCAGUAAAGGCAGCUCUUCAUAACACCAGGUAAGAUGUGAUGUACAAUUCUGUUAGAAUGGCAAACUUCAUCAUUUGUUUUCAUCAUCAUCAUCAUCAUUAUCAUUUUUAUUGUCAUGUUACCUUGGUAUUGUUGCAAAGGUGCUUCUCUAGUCCUACCUUGCCAAUGUAUCGUAGAUAAAUAUGUCUUCCUUUGGUUUGAUUAUUAAUAAUUUUGUAAUGAAUAGUGAAUAUCUGAAAUUUAACUCAAUUUUUUCAGAAUUCCAAAUGUUUCAGUAUCUAUGGAAGAAGGAGGUGAAGAACUCGAAAUAUCAGAUGAUCCACAUGACUGUAGAAGACUGGAUGUCAAUUCUAUCCCAGUAACAGUCACUAUGAGUAAGGUAUAGAAACCUGCAACAUUGGUGUGAAGAAAUUUGAAUUUAUUUUCCAACCAGCAAGUGUGUUUGUCAACCUUGUAAUCAACUGUCAGAUCUCAAACACUGUGCAUGAAGAUACAGUUGGAACAAUUUUUGAAACACACACACAUUUUAUUAAUUUCCAAUUAAAUUUUACAGAAAAGAGGAUGAGGUUCAAGUCAUUUGCAUAAGAAAAUCAUGUACUUGGGUCAGCUUACACAAAUCUUUGCUUUAAUAGAAUGCUCAUUUUUGGGAUUAAUGAAUAAGGUCUAAGCCUGUCUUGUUCAUUAUCCAUAUAAGAUGCCUUUGGGAAGGCUUUUUUGGGAUUUAAAUUUGAUUUUAAAACAUUUUAGAUUGGUCAUCGUCAUGUUGUGGAUGCCAGUCUUCAAGAGGAAGCUUGUAGUCUUGCUCAGUUACUAGUGUCAGUGAAUGGUGACAACAAUAUCUGUGCAAUGCAGAAAGUUGGCCAAGGUGCUCUGGAUCCAGACUCUAUUUUUGAGAUGACUGAGGUAAUGAAGGUUCUUCUCUUUUGUUGCAGCAUUAGUUACACUAUUUAUUCAUUCUUAUACCUACACUCCUGCUAACCUACUUACUCUUCCCCUGACUAGGUGACAUUGAACCACAUAAUGCAGAAAAGACAUUUAAAUCAUAUACAUUAAUGAUUAGUAGUUAAUGAUUAAUGCCAAUUAAUGCAGUUAUCCAAGACAACUAAGUUAUGAAAUAAGAAACAUUGCACUCAUGUUUUGUUUGUGCACCCUAUCUAUCACAUUUGUGAUUGUAUAACAACAGGUGCAAUGUAUUAUGUCUGAGUUGUUUGUAGUUAACUUUUUCAGUUCUUCCAUUGUAUCAAAUGUUCCUUAGAAAUCCAGUAGAGAUUUUAAUUAGAGUUUGAUCAGUAACUAACCAGCAAGAAGGGAAUGAUUAGCAUUCUCAAGUUUAUUGUCUUCAGUGAUUAUUCUCAAUCCUGUCCUGAUAACACCUUUUUAACCUAUGAUUGAGAUAAUAAAUACAUACUAUGAAGAAAAGAGUGGUUUUAUUUUAAAAAUCACAUUAUGUUAUCUGAUAGCACUGUUUUUUCUUUUCAGACAGCAAGUUCUGUUGGAAAAUCAUUGAACAAAGCACUUCUGAAAGUCCUUGAAAAAGAGGAAGUUGAAACAAGUAAAAAUAAAGACAAGGUUGGUUUUCUAUUAUAGAUGAAGGGCCACCUUAAAAGUCAAUUGUGUCAAGGAGAGCACUGGUUUCAAUUAAGCAGGGAGACCCACCUAUGGAGAUUGAGAUGUCACCUCACCUUUGGUGUGUGACAUAGUUGUGCAAGACAAUAGAAGUCAGAAAAUAUCCUGAAUACAGUCUUGAGCUGGAUAGUGAAAUCUGUCCCUUCCAGUGAUGAUGAUGAAGAACUGAAAUGCAAGAAACCACUGCCUGAGGGAUGGUCCGAUAAUGUUAUCCUUUCCUUUCAUGGUAUCUUCACCAACUCUUAUCAACACUGGUCUGUUUGCAUAUCAAGGAAGGGUAUCAGCGAAUAUCUAUCUCAAGAGACUUCACGCAUAUAAUUAUUAUAAUUGAUUAUCAUAGUUGUUCUUUCAAAUGUUACCCUUCAAAGCUGCAAAGUAUGAGCUGACUUGUUAGGCAUACCUUGAAGAAAUGAGCCAACUUAGGGGCGUGGCCUACCAUAUGCACUGGUCUAUAUCUAGUGGCUUUGGAACUAAUGUGCCACAGUGUCAGUGAGACCUCUCUUACAGACUAGGAAGGAUCAAGAAUGCAUUUUUUAAUUUAUCAAGAAUAAGAAUAUUUAUUUUUUAAAAAGCCUUCUGUACAGUAUCUUAUUCUUUUUCUUGUCUUCUACAUUAAUAAACAGAGUUUUCCUUCGUUACUGAAGUGCUAACCAGAAAAUUUCUUGAGCCAGAGCUCCCUCCACCUGCUUGAGGUAAUUAUUUGUUACCAGUGAGCUGUCAGGACAACCUGGCAAAAUGCAGUGGAUUUUGUUCAGUUGAUAUCCCAUUUGAAGGGGAAGGGGGUGGGUGGUUCAAAAUGUACUCUCUGUCACCUGGUAUUUAUGGGGUUAGUAAUAAGCUCGGGUACUUAUUGGACGCAAUUCAACAACCUUGACUUUAUGUUCAGAAAGGAAAAAUCUAUUGCAAAUAAAAAUGUGGA